AUCCCUAUUUGGUCACUUCGGGGGCCGGCGGCGUCGGCGCUGGCGGCUGUAGGGGAGCGGGACGCGGCGGAAGGGGACGCGGAGCGGUCGCGUGCGCAGAAGGCAGCCCCGGACGCGGUGCGGUGGCUGCGGGCGCUCGGGGGUCCCGGAAACAAUGGCGCUGGGCGCGCGGGCCGCGCUGCUGCUGGGUGCGCUGCAGGUGCUGGCGCCGCCGGGGGCCGCGGCGGGCGGCGCGGACGCCCAGGGCUCUCCAAACGGAAACCACUCUGUGCCCGUGCCGGCCACCGUUAACAUGACAGAGACUACCACCAUACAUGUGGCUUCUAACCAGACUGGUGAAAUUAACAACAGCACCAUGAAGCCAUUAUUAACUUCAGUACUGUCAAGAAAUAGCACGGUUGUCACUGUGAAACCUGCAACUAUUGCUAAAAUAUCAACACCAGGAACCUCACCACACGUGACUUCUACUCCCUCAAAGUCUACUCCCAAAGCAAGUGCUUCCCCAAACUCAACCCAGACGUCAGCGUCCAUGAAUACCACAGCCCACAGUAGCUUUAUGACAUCUGUAAUGAAUACAGCAACUGCUCGUCCUGACAAAGGCAAAGGAUCGAGGUUUGAUACUGGCAGCUUUGUUGGUGGUAUAGUGUUAACAUUGGGAGCUUUAUCUAUUCUCUACGUUGGAUGCAAAAUGUACUAUUCAAGAAGAGGCAUUCGGUAUCGAACAAUCGAUGAACAUGAUGCUAUCAUUUAAAGUACUCCACUGGCCAAGGAAAGAAGAGAGACUACAGCCCUAUCAAUUAGUUUGGUUUAUAUUUGCUUAAAAUAUUAUUUUCUUAGAAAUAGCAUAAACAAGCCAUGCAUAAGAUGAACAAUGUAUUUCAUUAAUAUCUAGAAAUUUCUCACUACUAAAGUUAAAGGGUGUGGUCUGGGUAGUUAAAUGAAAAUUUGGAGCUAACAGGUAAUUUAUCCAUGAUUAUACUUACUUUAGUAAGUCAUAGCAGGACUAGUCCUACCUUUUGGAGUAUGCUAUGCGCAUGGCAGUGAGUGGUCACAGUUGUCACGGAGGGGCAGGCUCCAUGCGUACAGCUGAGGAGCCUGUCACAGCACUCAGGAUUUUCACUAUCUCUGUUGCUCACAUCAAGAACUUUCCUGUCACUCAGAGCUGGGUGCAUCUAAUUCAUGCCUCAGGGUCCAUAAUUGAGCUGACCAGCUCUAACACUCAAUCUAAGGCAGCAUCAGCAUUUGGGGGUUUAAAGUUGAUCUAGAAACAGAAUUUGUACUCCAAAUACAGCCUGAACACCACCGUUCUUUUGUGCUAAAGGCCACCAGAGCACUGGAACAGGUGGACUUUACUGACCAUUUCUUUUCAGCUGGCAGUGUUGAUGUUUCUUCCUUUGUGCAUAACGUAGGCAAGCUGCAGCUCUCGCGCUUCUCAAAAGAUACAGCAGCAGGAACACAAGCAGACUGCUGCUGUCACACCAUUGGAAACUGCUUUUCACAGACACGUGUCAAUUUGAGAUUUAGUGAACAUUUUUAGGCAAUGUAGAACUGAGCUGCUUUAAUGAAAAGCAAACACCAUUUUGUUUUGAAGCCCCAUUAUAUUAUUUCCAAGUCAGUGUUUAGAAGUCUAUAUUGACAGCAGAAUGCUGUCUUUUCUAAAUCAGGGAAUGUGAAGCUCCCAAGGCUACUGAACCCACAGGGUAGAGAUGCUGUAUUUUUUUACACUGUCAACUUAUUCAAAUUUGAGAAAACAACUUUUAUAUACUAAAGUGUAUUUUGAUAAAUUCUGGCUUCCUUAUCCCUCUGACAAGGAGCUCCUGGCGUUUGCAGGGAAAUGGUGUUAGAUCACCACAGAAGCCACACUCUCUGCGGCAUUGUUAAGACUAUAGUUUAUAUUUAGGUCAAACUCAGGGUCAAGGUCAACAAAGGAAGUAGUUACAAAACACUUAUAUUUCUAUUGUCGAGGGCCAAAGUAAAUUAAAAGUGUAGAAAUAAGCCAAAAAAGUCCUAAUGACAUACACCUGUGUUACAGUUAAAAAUGUGUUACUUUUGUAAUCUGCUUCUGGUUUUCUUAAGAUGAAGAUUCCUAAGAAAUGUUGAGUGUAUAUAUAAACAUAAGAAUCGUUUCUACUUUCUGUACAUUAGAGCCAACUGACUUGGUAAAAUGUGGAAUGCUCAGACCUAUAUGAACACAGAGAAUAGAGUUAGAUUAGUUUCAGAUGAGAGCUGGUGGGAAGUUGAUCCUUUCCAUUUGGCUUGCAACCACUGCUUUCUUUUCUUUGCAAAAUAUAGUUUGGGACCCUGUGGCAGUGAGGCCCUUUUAAAUUUAACCUGUCUUUGCUACAUCCUCGGUACUUGAGUACCAAGAAGAUCUUGUUGAAUACUUGUUUCUUUAGCACUUUGAAGAUACAGCCUACUUUCUUAAAGCACUGUCGUUUUUGCCUCUUACAUCUAUAUUGAUUUGGAGAUUAAAAGUAAUGUACUUAUGUCUUUUAUAAUUUGUUACUUUCAAAUACUAGGACUUUCGUUGAGGGGAUCUCUUUUUAAUCUGUAAAAACUGAGCAUGUUUCCCAAGUGUAAGUUUGUCUUCCGAGUCUGGCUUGAGUAAAUGCUUCCUUUUCCAACUUUUCUAGAGAAUGUGUUUGUUGAGAUCAAACAGUCCUCGAUGUAGAUGUGGCCCCCGGCAGAGCUACUUGGGCUUUACAUUUUACUUGGGUAAACCCAUAGGAGGAUAAUUCAGAUGUAGACAAAUGAGAGUUGGCAACAUAUUUUAUGGUGUGACAAUUUUGUAUCUUCAGGAAAAAGACUAAAGCAAACUGUAGUUACCCAUUUUUCUAUUAUAAUGGCCAAUUUUGGUAUUUCAUUGUUACUCAGAUCUAUUUUUAGAAUAAAAUUUGUUCUCCAUUCCAA